AUGGCAUCCACCUUCCUUGCAACAAUGAGCCUGCUCAUCGCUCAAAUGGUGUCCGCUUCCAGCACCACCACUGCAGCCAUACCUUCCCCGCAGACAGUCAGCAGUGACAUCGCCAACACGGUGCAGGAGAUGCAGCAGGCGCGCUACUUCACCUUUGUCAUGCUCGUCAGGAUGGUGCAGGAGAAGAUACCGCGCAACACCACCUUCCUGAUGCCCAGCGACAGGCUGAUGUCCACGGCAUCAAUCUCCCAAAACCAGGUGCUAGAGUUCUUGUCCAGGCAUUCCAUCGCGGCGCCUCUGAAGUUCAAUGAUCUCAUAAGGCUUCCCGAUGGAACGGUAGUUCCCACCCGCCACUCAGGAGACACAAUCACAGUGACCAGCAGCAGGCAUCAGAAGCUCUAUUUCAACGGCAUCGAGCUCACUAGUCCUGAUCUCUGCCACUCAGGGGAAUCAUUCAGGUGCCAUGGAAUAAACGGAGUCAUAAGGCCAACAGCAGCACGGAGAGUAAAAGCAGCGACUUGCACUCGCUAUGCUGCUCCAACUUCUGUAGCACCAGAGCUACCUUUGGCUGAAAACCAAUCCUUGAGCACAUCUUCUCUACGAUCUCCCAACAUAGGUUCUGCCACGAUCCCUGCCCAUGAACCUGCAGCAGAAAGCUCCCAAUGUUCAGACACUUCUAUGUCAAAAAUUAGAUUGGCUAGUACUACUUUGGUGACAGCAUUGAUGUUUUACAUUUUCUAAAUCUGAAUCCAUAGCCAGAUUCUUGUUCAAUGAACAGAUCU